AUUAACCUAUUUGGCUACUUGUAUUCCGAUCUGAUCUAGCCCAAAAUCCCAGGGAGCAGGUCCUCAGCCCAGCCCCCUCGCUCGCCGGCGUGCCCCACCCGACCUCGCGACCUCCGCCCUCCCCCUCCAGCCUACGGCACCUGCGCCAGGUCGCCAGCGCCAGGGGCCCUUCGCGGCUUCGUCAACCCCUGUCGGCCAGCACUGCUGUCGGUGCCUGGUGCCUGCCCCCAGCUCCAGCGGCCCUUGCACAUCACGGUUCACGUCUCUUUUGCCUGAUCUCUGGCCAUGUGAGAGGACAAGUAGAAGACAUCUUUCCAUGUGGAAAAUAAUUCCGAACACCUCCUGCUCUGCUCAACAACACAUGUUUCCAUUCAACCCUUCUUUUUUCUGAAUUGCAAGAACUGCAUUUGUCUUCAGGGCAGCUCAGAAGCUAACCAUGUGUCUGAUAAAUCAAGAUGGAAAGAACAAUUAAUUCCUUAAUGUACAAAGGAUCUAUUCCCGAUGCAAUUAAUCAAUCAAGAAGGGAGAAGAAGCUCUUUGUAGUGUACAUAUCAGGUGAAGAUGAGGCUUCGGGUAGUUUGGAACAGUCAACACUGAUUGAUGAAAAUGUGGUUGAAGUGAUUGGUAGAUGUUGCAUCUUAUUGCAUCUCAAGCAAGGCAAUGUUGAUGCAUCACAGUUUUCAGCUAUCUAUCCCCAGAAGUCUGUACCAAGUAUAUCAGUGAUUGGACUGAAUGGAGUUUUGCUGUGGAAUCAUGAGGGAUAUAUCAACUCUGAAAAUCUGAAAGAAAGUAUUGAGAAAGCUUGGGCUGCCCUUCAUCUACAGGAGACAGCGGCGACCUUGUUGACAGCAUCGCUUGCUUCAAGAAAUGUUGAAUCUGUGAAUACUGCUACUACUGUUUUGCUAGCUCAAGGGAGCUCUUCUACUUUAGAAAAUCCUUCUGAUUUAUCCAGUCAAUCACCAGAUGUUUUUGGUGCCAGUGGAGUUGCCCAUUCAACUGAUCUGGUGUCACAAGUUCCUAGUAGCACCACCCUUUAUGAACCUCUUGAGAUUAAUGAAAGAGAAGGGUCAAAAUCAGACUCGGGUGAUAGAACUGUUGAGGAGCUAGGUUCAACAAGUACUGAAUUUAGUUGUGAUUUGGUUGAUAGUUCAAGGAAGUCAAAUAUGGUCAGUUCUGCAGAUCCAAAAGGAGAAUACAUUACAGCAUCAGUGAAAAGAAAGAACAAAAAUGAUGGAAGUCACACUUCUGUCUCCUUGGAGGAUACUCCUAGUACACUCACUAAUAGAGGAGUUUCUUCCCAGUCACUUGUGGAACAAGACAAGGCAACAACAUCUGCCCCACCUCUUAUUUUUGUGAAGUCAGAUGAUAUUCAGCUUAGUAUUCGUAUGCCCAGUGGAAAUAGACUGGAGAUCAAAGUAACAAAACAAGAUGUUUUAAGGAAAGUGAAGAAUUUUGUGGAUGAAAACAAAGGCAAUGAGCUUAGCUCAUAUGAUCUUUCUCUGGUUUAUCCAAAAAGAGUUUUCUCUGAACAAGAUAUGGAAGCAACGCUAUCUGACUUGGGUAUUCAAAACCGUCAUGCAAUGAUUGUUGUUCCACAUCGGCAGUUUGGUCAGGUAUCAAGGCCUCAGUCAUCAGCAUCUUAUGAUGUGGGUGGCAAUUCAGGUGUGGGGGUAUACUUUGGUUACCUGAGAACCGUGCUGUCUUAUGCUAAUCCACUCUCCUACCUGAGGGGAAAUACCAACUCAUCAAAUCCAGAGCUACAGUCAAAUGAAGGCAUGCACCAGCUUAGACAUGGAUCUGGUCCAUGGAGUGAGCCACGGCCUCUUGUUGGCAAUAGAGGCCAUGAAGUGACUGAUGCAGACUCUGCAAACAUGCUGCGAAGGCGCUCCAGACCAUUCGGUGCCAAUAUCCACACUCUGGGGAACGAGGAUCAUGGUCCAUCUGAUGAAAGAAAUGUUUUCUGGAAUGGGAACUCGACAGAGUUUGGAGGCGAUGACAGAAAAUAAGUUGUGGCGUGGCGGGGCCUGGACGACAGCACCACUUUAUCAGACAAUCUAAGUUGGAGACACCUGAAACAAAUGCCUCAACAGGCUUGUUGAGGAAUCAAGUGUUGAGUUUAUAGUGGCAAAAAUUAUCGCUAAAUUGUGAUGUUUUACAUUUGUGGAAACAUUGUACGGUCGCUGCAUCAGUGUACUCGUAUAGCAGAUAGCGACAGAUAUAUUAAACCCGAAAUCAUUGGUUCUACUGUCUGGUCGAACGACAUUUGUUUUGGUGUUGGCUAGAACAAAAUUCGCAGCAA